GCUGUUUGAAGCAAUAUUCGUUUUCCUAUUUAAAUGCAGACUCAUAUUGCUGAAUAUGUGUUUUACAAGCUGAUACAGGGAAAUCACCAGAACAGCCAAGGCUAAUCAAAGUGGACAAGAAAAAAAAAAAAAAAACUUACUUUGUGGCUAUUUCAAAUGAAUAAGGAGAAGGAAGUGCGUAGACGUACCUCAGAGCUAGCUGCUGCUGCAGAAUCUGUAACAUAUUUGACAGCAGUACAGAGCGCUGCAAUGGGACAAUCAGAUUCUAGCGUCCAACCAGAAGAAGGCAUAGAACUUAGUGAAGUUUCACAUUUUCGUGGGCUGAAAAACCUUGGGUGUACUUGCUAUCUGAAUACCUUGCUACAAGCUUUGUUUAUGACUGAAGAUUUCAAAAAAGCAGUGCUUAACUACAAAAGUCCUGCAAGUGAUCCCACGAAAGACAUCAUUUGGCAACUUAACAGACUUUUCGAACAACUACAAGAAAACACUCUCACUGCUGCCAAUCCCACAGAAGUUGUACAAUGUCUCGGAAUUAAAGAUGUGUCGGAACAAAAUGACCUUGGUGAAUAUUUUAGAUUGCUGAUGAACCAAAUAGCAAGAACUGUACCUCAAAUUCAAGGGUUUUUAGAGCUAUUCCGCACUACACAGGUCCGUACACUGAAAUGUAAACGAUGUGAAGAAAAAGACAAACAAAAAGAAGAAGAUAAAGAUGAAGAAAGGAUUCCUGUUCUAGAAAUUCUUGUACCACUAAUGACACCUGAAAAUAAACCAUUCAAAACACUGGACAAUGCCCUGUCAGAGAUAUUCCGUUGUGAAAUACUAACAAAUGAUAACCAGAUCUACUGUGACUCAUGUGACCAAAAAUGCGAUGCAGAAAUGCAAUAUUACUUUGAAACCUUACCAAAUAUUUUGGUCCUUCAGCUGAAGAAAUGUGGUUCAUUUACCACUUUUGAAGACAUUUCAAUCCCUUCAUCACUGCACUUUUCAAAGACAGACAGUGAAAAGGAGAGAUAGCAUUUACAUUCUAAUGCUGGAAAAACUAAAGGUGAACCAGAUGAAGAAAAGGAAAUUACUGAAUAUGACUUAUUUGUAAUAUGUCGUCGUGUGGGAGGAAGCAAAAGUGGCCAUUAUUUUGCGGAUAUAAAGUCAAGUGAUCAGUGGUAUUGCUUCAAUGAUGCAUGCG